AUGUCGUACUAUGAUUUUGAUUUUCACCACUUACAGCAACAAGAAAUUCAACAUUUACAACAACAACAACAACAACAACAACAACAACAACAACAACAACAACAACAACAACAACAACAACAACAACAACAACAGCAACAAACUCUAUUACAACAAACUCAAUUACAACCAAAACCAUUAGAUUUGAAAGAAUUAUUAAAUUAUUUAAAAAGUAAUGGAAAUAAUAGUAACAAUGUAUUAUUAAAUAAUUUAAAUAAUAUUGAUAAUAGUUUAUUAGAUAAAGAGAUUAGAGCCAAUAUAUUCCCAAUUUUUCAUAAAAUUUUAUUAAAUGCACCAAAAGAAAUUGUAUCACCAAAACCUCAUCAACCAUUAAUGGCAAAUGAAAGCCAUGGCGUUGGUGGUGGUGGUUCUAUUAACAAUAAUAAUAAUAAUAAUAAUAAUAAUAAUAAUAAUAAUAAUAAUAAUAAUAAUAAUAAUAAUAAUAAUCAAUCACAAGGAUUUUUAUAUCUAUUUGAUAAAUCAUCAAAAUCAUAUUAUCAACAAGAUGGUAUUAAAUGGAUAAAAGCAAAAGUUAAUGUACGUAUGGUAAUUAUAGAUGAACAACGUAAAAUUUUUAAAUUAAAAACCCAUAAAAAAGAUAUUGGUGAAAGUGUACUCAGAAGACAAACUUCAAAUGGUGUUUGUGAAAAUGGUAUCUGUUGGAGAAGAUUCGAAUAUAGAUUAGUUAAAAAGGAAUUUUAUAAUAAAGUUACUCCAAAUUUAGAUUCUACAAACAAUAAUAAUAAUAAUAAUAGUAACAAUACUAAUGAUGAUAAUAAUAAUAACAAUGAAGAAUAUGAAGAUGAUGAUAAUAGUGAAAAUUCCGUAAAUGAAAGAUUCAUAGUUCAACCUUGGCCAAUACUUGUACAUUAUUUAACCAAACCAUCCUCUGAAUCACCUUUAGAUUUAGAUAAUACUGUAAAUAAUAAUAAUAAUCAUCACCAAGAACUAUCAUCAAACUCUAAUUUCGCAUUUAAAAAAGAGCCAAAUACUCAUAAACCUAAUAUAACUACAACUACAACAACACCACCACUAUCGAAUAAUGUAAAUAAACCAACCACUACAACUACUACUAACACUACCACCACUAGCAUAGCUCAACAACAAACUACAAAUAUUUCAUCUAAAAAAAGAGAAUCCUCACCAUUUAAUAACAUUCUUGGAUUAUUUAAAAAAAUUAAAUCCAAUACUUCAAAUGAUGAUCUUAAUAAUAUUGAUGAAACUAAAAAUAAUAAUAAUAAUAAUAACAAUAAUAAUAAUAAUAAUAAUAAUCAAGCAUUAUAUUUUCCACCAUCUCCUAAUACAAUGUUUAUGCCAAAUUCACCAGAAUUAUCAGAUCCCACUAUUGGAAAUUAUUUAUCAGACUAUAGCAAUAAUAAUAAUAAUAAUAAUAAUAAUAAUAACAGUAACAAUAAUAAUAAUAACAAUGGUAAUACUGGUAGUUCAAAUAAUAUUAAUGGUAAUACCAGUACUAGAACAAGUGGUAAUGGUAUAUUAAUGGAUGAAAAUUUUUAUUUAAAUUUCACUGAUAAUUGGAAUACUUCAACUCUUAUCAAUACAAAUAAUAAUAAUAAUAAUAAUAAUAAUAAUAAUAAUAAUAACAAUGCUCAAUUCAUUGAUAAUCACCUUGUAAAUAAUAAUAAUAAUGAUAAUAGUAAUGGAUUCUCAAUAGAUCAAUCACCAAUUUUACAAUCUACACCAACAACAACAACAACAACAACAAAUCCCUCUAUUAUAAAUAAAAGUAAUAAUAUUAAUAAUGAUGUAACAUAUAAUAAUAAUAAUAAUAAUAAUAAUAAUAAUAAUAAUAAUAAUAAUAAUAAUAAUAAUAAUAAUAAUAAUAGUUUAACAACAGCAGUACCAGCGCCACCACCACAAUUACAAUUACAAACUAUUUCAAAUAAUAGUUCUUCUAUAGCAACAACUUCUUCACCACAACCACCUACAACUACAACAACUACAACAACAACUACAACAACAGGGAUUAUAGAUUUAAAUUCAACAACAGCAACACCAAGAAUUGUAUCAUAUUCACCAGACACAUCACCAUCAUUAGAGCAAACUAAAAUAAUUUGUUUUGUAAAUGGUUUUAAAUGUUUUGAACAAUCAAAGAAGUCGAGUAAUUUAAUGUAUUUAUCAUUUUGGGCAGUAUUUGAAGGUAAUGCUAUCGAUACACCACCUAUUGAAGUAUUGGCAUUACCAUUAUCAAAGAAUGUUUUAGAAUUUUUGUCACCAAUUUAUGGUGGUGAUGCCUCAAUAACUCAUUUCAAUAUAGUUUGUAAAGAUAAUGGUACAAAACAAAUCAUUGAACAAACUUCACCUGUACCAUUUUGUUUCACUCCUUCUGAUAGAUUAUCAAAAUUAAAGAUUUCUUUUGAUCGUUGUAAAAUUUAUCAUCCAAUUACAAUCAUACCAAAAUUUAGACAUACUGUAAAACAUUUAGAUUUAUCAAAUAAUUCUUUAACAAAUGUUGAUUUCUUAUUUGGGUUUUAUAGAUUAGUUUCAUUAUUUUUAAAUAAUAAUUUAUUAACUGAACAUACUGUAAUACCAACUUUACCUGAUUUGCAAAAUCUUGACAUUUCUUCAAAUAAGAUAACUUUUCCAAAGGAUACUUCUUAUACUGAAAAUUAUAAAAUGUUUUGUUUUAGGUUAAUGAGUAGUGUACCUCAUUUAUUAACAUUAAAUUUAGAAGAUAAUGAAGAGUAUCCAUCACCACAUAAAGCACCUCAUCAUCAUUAUAAUUAUAGAAUUUAUAUCAUUUCCAAGUUUCCACAAUUAAUUAAACUUGAUGUAUUACCAGUUACUAUGGAAGAAAGAAAACAUGCUCAAAAUGUCGAAGAGGAGCCAUGGCUUUUAAAAUAA